AUCAAAUUAAAACUCCUAUAUUUGUCCCCGAACAUGGCCUUAAAUGGAGGUAGCUAUAAAUACCCCCAUUGAUUUUAACACUGUUUCUUCACCGCUCCGAGUCUCUAAAGCUUCGCCAAUUUCAAAACCGGUUAACGAUGAAGCCGCCGGAACUUAUUUUUUACCCAAAAAGUCACUCAAAAACCCAUAAUUUCCAUCCAACUCCCUUCCUCUUCGUCGCCAUCGUUUUUCUUCUUCAAAUCCCAAAGGCAAUCUCCUCAAUCGCCGCUCAAAUACCAUUAGAGUACGUCAAACGCUGCAACGACGUCGUGCCGGCAUCAACAGCGGAGCCUAGCGCUCUCUCUUCCAGUUCCUCUAUCUCUCACGACCUCGACUUCAAAAUUGGGUAUUACACCGGCGGAGACUCCAUUUUCUCCCAACUGAAUCCCGCCACCGAUGUGCUGAAAUCCGCAACGUUUCAUGCUCGUUUCUCGCAAGACUACCUCGAUAGUAAUAAGAACCGAAUCCAUAAAGUGAAUGGAAAGCUCGUUUUACAAACUCCCAAAUCGUUUGCCAUUUCUUCUCCCGGUGGCGGUGUAUUAAAUCCCCGCCGUGGAUUGCGGCGGACGUUCCGGAUCAGGGGACCAAAAAUUCCUUCGGUGGUCGAUAGAGAAAUGCAGAGGUUUUCACUUGGUGGGUUUUGGUCGGAAUCGACUGGGAGGCUUUGUAUGAUUGGGUCAGGGAUGAGUAACGGAAAUGCAGGUAAAUUUCGGACCUUUAAUGUUGUUCUUAAGCUCAAUUAUUCAACCACUUUUAAUGUUUCCGGUAGUUUGAUCUCUGGGGUUCUUCAAAGUUUGGAUUCUGAACAUAGUUCGAGUUAUUUUGAGCCUGUUUCCUUAUUGGGUGUGAGGAGCUUUGGGAAUUAUGAGUUUAGUUUGGUUGAUAAUGGACAGGAAAGUUCAUGUUUAAGUGAAGGAGAGAAUUUGGAUGUUAGCAAAGCAAAUGGAGGACUUUGUUCAGUGAAUGUUCACCGUAGGAUUAGGUUUGGAUUGGAUUAUGAGAAGGAUUGUGAUCAAGAUAAUUGUAGUUCCAUUAUUAGAGAUGUUAAGGAUGCUCCGAGUAUCAUGUUUUUUCGACAGACGAAAUGUGUGGAUGAAGGGAAAAUGCUGAUUUUGUUGGAUUUUCGAAACUCGAGUUCUAUCAGUGCAUUUUUCCCUUUUGAUCCCAAUACGACCUUGAUCGCUGAGGGAGCAUGGGACGAGAAGAAGAAUGGUGUCUGCGGUGUUGCUUGUCGAGUUUUGAAUUUCAGGGAUUCUUUGAAUGGAGCAUCUGUGGGCGAGUGCUCCAUUAAGUUUAGCUUGAGAUACCCCAAGGUGUUUUCACUGAGGAAUAGGGAUUCGAUUGUGGGGAAAAUUUGGAGUGAUAAAAGCAAGGAUGAUCCAAGUUACUUUGAUAUGAUUAGGCUCAGGAGUGUUUGGGAAGUAUCACCUGGGUUAAAGAAUGUUCCAGGUUUAAGAUACGAGUAUACAGAGGUUGCUAGUGCUCGAAAAAUUUAUGUGAGUAAGAACGUUGCUGAACACAAGGGAAAGACAUACCCUAAUGGCGAUUCAAUAGACAUGAGAUUUGAAAUGUUGUUGAUUGAUAGUGAAGGAGAAGCAGCAUGGGGUGUUGCAAACCCGCUGUUUGUGGGUGACCAGCCCUACAAGUAUCAGCCUUACGGUCUUUUAUCAAUGUCGAAUGUGUCAGCAGAUCAUUUGAGCAAUAAUGACGGCAGGCUAUUAAAUAUCAGCUACGAGAUUAGCUACUCGUAUCGUUCGAGUGAUGGUCGUAUUUUGGACAGAGGAUUUGUAAUUUCUUCUGAGGGAAUAUAUGAUAGGCAUUCCGGUGUUCUAUGCAUGGUUGGAUGUAGUCAAUUACAAGUAAGAUACAAGAAUCAUAGUUCGAUAAAAAAUGAUUCACUGGAUUGUGACAUUUUGGUUACUGCUCAAUUUUCUCCGUUAAAUUCUGCAGAAAAGUAUCGUGUUAAGGGGACAAUUAAAAGCACACGGAUCAAGUCAGACCCUCGUUAUUUUGGGCCCAUUAGUUUGUCUUCAAAAUCAUUCUACGCUGGACAGGCGAAAGAAUCCAUUUGGAGAAUGGAUUUGGAGAUUACCAUGGUUCUGGUUUCCAAUACACUUGCAUGUCUUUUUGUUGGAUUGCAGCUGUUUCAUGUUAAGAAACAUUCCGAAGUGCUUCCCUUUAUCUCUGUCUUGAUGCUCAUUGUUCUUACUCUGGGGCAUAUGAUUCCUCUAUUGUUGAACUUUGAGGCCUUGUUCGUACCAAAUCAUAAUCAACAACAAAAUGCUUUUCUUCAAAGUGGUGGAUGGCUUGAAGUAAACGAAAUAAUAGUAAGGGCGGUAACAAUGGUAGCUUUCCUUUUGCAGUUUCGCCUUCUCCAACUCACGUGGUCUGAACGGCAAAGUUAUGAAAGCCUAAAGGGCUUAUGGGAGGCUGAGAGAAAGGUUUUAUACAUAUCCCUACCUUUAUAUCUAACCGGUGUGUUGAUUGCUUGGUUUGUGCACCUUUGGAAAAACACUCACCAGACACCAUUUCUACAACCCCGUCAGAGACGUCUUCCGUUCAAGAAUAAUUUCUACCAGCAAAGUUCUUUCUGGAGUGACCUUAAAUCUUAUGGCGGUUCGGUCGUCGAUGGGUUUUUGCUUCCACAGAUUGUGUUCAACAUGUUCUCCAAUUCCAACAAAAACGCUCUUGCUGCUUCGUUUUACUUGGGAACCACCCUGGUCCGGUUGUUGCCUCAUGCAUACGAUCUUUACAGAGCUCACAGUUUUUCAGGAUAUCUCGAUUUAUCAUAUAUAUAUGCUAAUCAUAAGAUGGAUCUCUAUUCCACAGCCUGGGAUAUCAUCAUACCUUCUGGUGGUCUGCUCUUUUCCAUCUUCAUUUCCUUGCAGCAGCGAUUUGGGGGUCAGUGUUUACUACCUAAACGGUUUCGAACGGAUGCGGUGUAUGAAAAAGUGUCUGUAGAUAACAGUGAGGAAUUGCAAGGGGAAUCAGUUCAGAAGAACUUUUAUAGCUUGUGAUGCAGUAAUGGCGGAAACAGUAUUUUCUUUUUUUUCCAGAAUUCGAAUAUAUAGUAAACUCGUUACAGUCACCGUAUUCGCUAGCUAUGGGCUCUAUAUCCUUUUGCUUCCCAGUUCUGGUAUGCAAACCUCCAAUCUUGUUGAAAUCCAUGUUCUGAAAUCAAAGAGUGAUAUACUGAAAUAAAUGUUGAAAGUAGUAUGUUUUGCAU